GUGGCGCCGGCCUCCGCGGCCUGGACUGAACGAGGCCGUCUCCAGGCGAGGCUCACACCACCCCUGGGUGCUGAAGUCGGCGGAGCACAUGUGCUCCCCGUCGGAGAUCGUGUUUCUUCGCGACGUUCACCAGGACGGUGCCGACAUGGCCGACCAGCGGCAGCGCUCACUCUCCACCUCCGGGGAGUCGCUGUACCACGUGCUCGGGCUGGACAAGAACGCCACCUCCGACGACAUUAAAAAGUCCUACAGGAAGCUCGCCCUGAAGUACCACCCCGACAAGAACCCCGACAACCCGGAGGCCGCGGACAAGUUCAAGGAGAUCAACAACGCGCACGCCAUCCUGACGGACGCCACCAAGAGGAACAUCUACGACCGCUACGGCUCGCUGGGGCUCUACGUGGCCGAGCAGUUCGGGGAGGAGAACGUCAACACCUACUUCGUGCUGUCCAGCUGGUGGGCCAAGGCGCUGUUCGCCGUCUGUGGGCUGCUGACCUGCUGCUACUGCUGCUGCUGCCUCUGCUGCUGCUUCAACUGCUGCUGCGGGCGGUGCAAGCCCAAGGCGCCCGAGGGCGAGGAGGCCGAGUUCUACGUGUCCCCCGAGGACCUGGAGGCGCAGCUGCAGUCGGACGAGCGGGAGGCCACAGACACGCCCAUCGCGGUGCAGCCAGCGCCGGCCACAGAGACCACCCAGCUCACGGCCGACUCCCACCCCAGCUACCACACCGACGGGUUCAAUUAGGCGCGGAGCAGCGGUGGUGAGAGGACUGGUCAGCACCUGCGCCGCGGAGUCUCGGGCCGCAGCGGCGGGGACCGGGAGGGCGCGCUGGCCCUCCCGCCUCUGUGCCCGCCGCCCACCUCCCCGCGAGGCGCGUAGCAUGCGGUCCUUAAAGCAGUUUCGCUGCGGUCAGCUUCCGUCUUCCCCGUGUCAGUAGCAUGUGUGGGUCGUGUCCACGUCUGUCUGUCUGCGGCCCCGGCCAGGUCGGGCCUGACGGGCCUGAGGCCGCGCUGCUCCGCCUGCCUGGGCAGGGUCCCCGCGCCCCCCCCCCCCCCGGUGCUGAGACCGCAGUCCCCCGCGUCCCAUGGCCGGCAGCUGUCCGCUGAGGAGUGUCGUCACCAAGCUGCGGAGGCCGCGUUUCUACCUUCCGAACGGCCCCUGGGCCGCCUCAGCCCCGGAGCGGCCAGCGCUGGUGGGCAGCCCGGCCACGUCCUCUCCCCCCCGACCCCGCCAGCCCUCACAUUCCCGCAGGCCUGCCUGUCCUGUGGCCCUCGGGGGGGACCGUGGGGGCCCUGCCGUCACAGCCGGGCAGCUGAGCGUCGGGUGGCCGCCUGCACGAGCGCCUCCCGCCCCCUUCGCCCCUUCAUUCAGCACCAGUGACCCGGACUGAGCUGGACACAUGGGGUGCCGGGGGAGCCGCUGGACCAAAGCCUGCUCGGCCGCACGGGCCUUCUCCGGCCCGACGCAGCAGCCCAGCCUCCCGCAGCCCUGGCUCCCGCCCGCUGACCUGCGGCCCCUGCUUGCCCGCCACCUGCCCCGCCCCAGGGCCGUGCCAAGGGGCAUGUCCGCAGCCCUUCAGCAGCCGUGUUGGUCCCGUCCUGUUGUUCUGGCUCGUUGAAAGCGGCAGGAUGCCGGCGGGGGAGGGGGGCCGCUGUGCACACUGGACCUCGUGAAGAGUUGAGACGCGGAACCCCUGGUUUGACCACCCGGGACGGGGAGGACUUGGGAGUCGUGUCGCGAAGCAGGGGGACGCCUGGACUGUGCUGCUGCGCCCUGGCCGAGGCCCCCGCGGGUGCCGGCUCUUCCUGGCACCUCUGGCUGUGGACUUCCCGCCGGGUUGCUGGGAACGCCGGCCCAGGCGGGGGCGUGUGGGGCGCAGGCUGGAAGUCGGCUGAACCCAGACUCCUGCAGAACGUUUAAAAAGAAGUCUCGAGGGCCGGCCGCGCCGUCCAGGGGGCGUUCCGCUGGCUCUGCGGGCAGCACCUCUCCCCGUCUCAAGACUCCUGCUUCCCUGGCAAGUGGAGCGCGGCGGUGCCCUUGGGUGUGUCCCGCCGCCUGAGGCCGGUGCUGGCCCGCGGGGGCGCUGGCCGGUGUGCGCCGAGCGUCGGGGCCGCCGCGCCUGCUCUGUGAUGUGCCGCCUCUUGUCUCCCUUCUGUCCUCCCUCCGUCUCCGCCUGCGUAGAUAGUGCUGCUUAGCGUGUGGUCUCUGAUCGGCCGGGCAGUGCCCGCUGGACCUGAGGGGCAGAGCCAGAGGGCGCUGGCUGGGCAGCAGGCCCCUCGGGCGUCACCCCUGGGGGUAAGGGUGUGGGGUGGCCGGCCUGGGGCGUGCCCGCCCCGCACAUUCCUGCCCAUGGGGCUGUGGGCCUGCCAUGGCGCGGCCCGCCGUGUGUACAUAUGUGCGUGUGUGUGUCCACGCCGCGGGCGGGCGGCCAGCACAAUAAAAGUCGGCUCCAAACAGCCUCUGGUUUCUUGGUGAGUUGGGCAGGAGUGGGCCUGGGGAGCCCCGGGACUCGAGCAGGUGGCUGGAAACCCCCUCCCGUGAGCCGUCACCACCGGUUUCUGCACCUUCCCGGGCAGCAGCAG